AUGAUGGCAGCCCGCCAAUCAACACCAACCUCCGACCACUCACAUUCAGAUAAUGUGCGCAAGCGCGUGUGUAAGGCCUGCGACCGCUGUCGUCUGAAGAAAUCCAAGACUGACACCGCACAAAAGUGUGACGGAGCCAGCCCAUGUUCGCGCUGUCGAGCCGAUAAUGCGAUCUGUGUCUUCGGCGAACGCAAGAAGGCCCAUGAUAAAGUGUACCCCAAGGGAUAUGUUGAAAUGCUGGAACAGCAACAAGCCUGGCUGGUCCACGGCCUCCAGGAACUCUAUCGACGAACCAUCGACGGCGAGGGCUGGCUUGGCGAUCGCCUGAAGCCCGAGCCCAACGGCCAUCCGCUUACCCACGACCUGUUGACGCGUCUCGGUGCCCUCGAUCACACCAAGGGCGAGCGCUUCGAGGAGAACCCCGAAGUUAUGCAACACGAACUCUGGCGGAAUAAUGGCAUGCAGCGCCAGGAGUCGUCCGAUGGCAGCUCUGAGAGCGCCCAUUCCCCCGUCGCCCGCUCACGCUUCUCCUCGGACGCCUUCUCUUCCCAGCAGACCAUGCCGCCCACGCCGCCCGCCUAUAGCCCCUCGUCGCGCGCAGCGCCCAUCAAGACCGAGCCCGCCAUGGCCGCCCCCGCCAACCCGCAAUCCCAAUAUGCACUGUCCAUGCAGGGUGUGGUAAAUCCGUUAGCCCUACAGGGAGGGGCUCCGCAAUGGCCGGGCAGCAAUGGGUUCAAUCCCUUCGACGAGAUGGAUAUGAUGACCUCGGCCGACUACGCGAACCUCAACUUCGAUGAUCCCAUCCCGUCGCCCAUGUUCAAUCGACCCAUGCCAAUGAACUGCGUACCGUCCGGUGAUUACGACGACUUCAAUCAGUUCCUCAAUCCGAAUCCCACAGAAAUUACUUCUAUUUAA